AUGGGCAUCGUCAGCAGCAAGCCCGAAGAGGGACCUGCUUUAUACCUGAGAGACCAGAAUCGAUUGAGUAUAUCGUCCUUAGUUGUCACAAAUCCACGGAAGCGCAUUUCUAUAAACGUUACUCCCAAUGGAUUUCCUGCUACUAGAAUAUCCGCUCAAAAACCACUCAACGACACAUCCCCUAUAGAAUUUGUUCAGGUAGAUUGCGCCGGUCCUGAGACCUUUGUUUGCGGCUCACCUAACCCGUCGCAGGAUCCCGAUACUUCAAACCCAUCCGCAGUGCCAAAUUUCCUAGUUAAGCUCAGUAACGAUGACGAACUCAUAUUCUCUUUCACAUUUGUCAUGCGUCAGGCACACCUUGCGCAAGGCGCAACAUCCUCCGACGCAACAUCUACCCCAAUCGACACCAGCAUAUCAGGCCUAACGUACGUCUACGCCUCAAACCUCAGAGAGGUCGAGAACCUGGUGACCCGAGAGUUUCAUGCGGACCCAAACCUUCACAGAAACGCCAACGUAGCCUUGGUCGGCGAUUAUUCUACAGGAGGAAGCCCAUCAGUAUCAUUCGAAUGGACUUGGAAGUGGAAACCCCCAAAGCCCGCAGAGGACAAGGGCGGCGGUUGGAGAAAUUCGUGCAGUUUCGUCGAGUAUGACCCUCGAGCUCACCGACUGCACACCUUAGCGAGCUUCUCCUACUUCGUUGCAGGCACCCCUGCGUCGCUGAGCCACCCGAACUCGCCAUCACCUCCGUUCCUCCUAGCAUCUCCGCCGAAGAUUCGAGUUGCCUCGUCCCAAUCAGUCGAUUCCCGUAUGACCGUUCCUGAUAUGCUUGACGAGCCAGUAUCACCUCUUGUUCCGACAGCCGAAAUGCCCCUUACCCCAGGGCUUCCACAGUUUCAAGAAACUGUCAAAGUGGAUGUAGCUUGUCCCAAACCAGGUGAAGAAUCAAUGGUUAGCGACGAUGGCCCUGUUUUCCGAGCCACACUCAAAGCUCUCGAGCAAAAGACGGGCAAUAUGAGGACGCAGAUGAAGAAGGUUCUGAAGAAGGCAGAGCAUGCACACUCUUGUCAGAUCGAAGCCAACGACGCCUUCCUUGCAUUUGUGGAUGCGUUGCGAGACGCUGCAUCAACCAAUGCCAACGCCGUCCAACCUGCUCUGGAACAUUACUUCGAUAGAAUCGCCCGAGAAAUUCUGUCCUAUGAGCGCCAAAACACUUACAACCUUCAAAAAAUUAUCAUCGAGCCUGUGACAAAGCUGUACCAGGUCGACAUCAAACAAGCCGAGUCGAAGAAGCGAGACUUCGAGGAGGAAAGCAAAGAUUAUUAUGCAUACGUAUCGCGCUAUUUGGGGCACCGUCAAGAUUCUGUCAAGGCUAAAAAGCUUGCGGAAGCCGAUUCCAAGUACCAAAACAAGCGGCGCAUGUUCGAACUUAAACGAUUUGACUAUUCUAGUUUCAUGCAAGACCUUCACGGCGGUCGUAAAGAACAAGAGGUUUUGUCCCAUCUUACGAGAUUCGCUGCUUCCCAGACACGAGGCUUUAUGGCUACUGCGAAAAAGAUUGAGGUUCAUCUGCCACAACUAGAGGCAUUAUCUAACGAGGUCCAAGAAGCCGAUAAAGAGUAUCAGUAUCAGCGACGUGAACGCGAGGAGAAGAGACGCCUUCUUGAAAAAACCAACACGCCCUACAAGGAACCUGAACAAGGCAGCACUACGAGCAAUAUGCCUAUCAAUUACCCAAGUAAUGGCAAUACGGGCAACACAUCGGAUUCUGAUCUGGGCCGUGCCGAUAGCACCGGAUCCCAACUGCAUGUUGGCUCGCCAGGCAUUCCUUCAGGUGUGGAGCUAUCUAGAUCUCCUGGUAGUCUUGGUCAAACGAUUGGAAGCCCCUCUGCUGCGUCUAAAUUUAAGGGUUUCCGGGAUCUCGAAGAGCGAGAUGCUACAGCGUCGGCUGUCACUCAUCGCAAGGAAGGACUUCUGUGGGCACUCAACAGACCAGGAGGACAUGUUGACCCUCGUAACUUGAACAAACAGGGCUGGCACAAGUUCUGGAUCGUGCUGGAUCAGGGUAAGCUGUCCGAGUACAGUAACUGGAAACAGCGACUUGAUCUCCACAUGGACCCGAUCGACCUCCGGAUGGCAUCAGUUCGCGAAGCUCGCAACGCAGAGCGGCGAUUUUGUUUUGAAGUUAUAACCCCUAGUUUCAAACGAGUAUACCAGGCGACAUCUGAAGAAGACAUGAAUAGUUGGAUUACGUCCAUCAACAACGCUCUACAGAGUGCGAUGGAGGGACGCAGUUAUCAGGGGAAGCCAACGUCAUCCAAUGGCGAUUCUUCUCUGAGAAGAGAUAUUGGCUCCGUCCUGACGGGAAAGACCCAGUCACUGAGCCAUGGUAGCCAUCAUAGCGCCGCCAACACUGGUAUACCCAGUCGUAGGAUUACGGUUGGCGCACGGCCAAGUGCAGUCAGGACCUCAAGUUCGGGAUACGAUGAAAACCCCGAUCGAAUACUUCAACUGGUCCGGGACAACGACCAAGGCAACCUGUGGUGUGCCGACUGCGGCUCUGGAUCCAAGGUUGAGUGGGUAUCAAUUAAUUUGGGCAUUAUCCUUUGCAUUGAAUGCAGCGGUAUCCACCGGUCGCUUGGUACCCAUAUUAGCAAAGUCCGGUCUUUGACGCUGGACAUCAAGUCCUUCACUAUUGAUAUUGUCGAGCUUCUACUGUUGAUUGGAAACCGAGUAUCGAAUAUGAUUUGGGAGGCCAAGCUUGACCAGUCCAUGAAGCCGACUGGCCAGGCAAGCCGCGAACAACGUCUUCGAUUUAUCACAUCAAAGUAUGUGGACCGUUCGUUUGUUGAGCCUAUUUCGCCAACACUCUCAAGAUACGGCACUGCCGACGAGACCCUGCUGGCGGGUAUUAAGAAAAACGAGAUACAGCAGGUACUCUACGCGUUGGCACUUAAGGCGAACCCAAAUACGGUUGAUAAAAUGAGGGGCACGCAUGCUGUAUGGCUUGCUUUGGCCGCAGCAGACCCAGCAGCACCAUCGUCUACCCCUUCGCAAACAGCAUCUGAUUCAGAUGGAAAGAGCGUGCCGUUCCCCGUGGCCGAGUUGUUGGUCCAAAACGGAGCCGAGAUACCUGCAACCAUGCCGGCUUUUCCCUUGGGCCAUCAUGCGCAAAUUUACAUAGAGCAGAAGCGUGGGCGUUCGCUGAUCGGAGGAUCGAUGGAUUCGGUGCCCUCGCUACCUGGCAACAUGAGCUCAGCCGAGAGACUACAACGAGAGAAAGAAGCUCGCCUUCAGAAGCGAGUCAGCACGGGAGGCAGGCUGGCCAGAUCUCCGAUCCCCGAGAGAUAG